UCUCCUGAGCGGACACUGCAGGGGGAAAGAAACCAACGAGCCCCACCAUGGAAUAGGAAUACUGCUGGACAAAACGGGGGAAAAAACCUCUUUCUCUUUCAUCUUUCUUCUUUUUCCCCCUCUUUUUCUGACGCCUUUUUUCCUCUCUCUGUCUCGCAUCUCUCCCCCCUCCAUCUGUCUUUCUCGAUGUCUCUCAACAGUUUCUGAAGGGAUCGAAGGAAAGAAAAAUGAGGAUUAUUAUUUUGUCUUGGCACUUUCUCGGGGUGUAUUCCGCCCUUUGGGGGCUGGCGACGGGGGCUUUCCCCAGCUCGGUGCAGAUAGGUGGGUUGUUCAUUAGGAAUACUGAUCAGGAGUAUACAGCGUUUCGACUAGCUAUCUUCCUUCACAACACCAGCCCUAAUGCUACGGAAGCUCCCUUUAACCUGGUCCCACACGUCGACAAUAUAGAGACCGCCAACAGCUUCGCCGUCACCAAUGCAUUCUGUUCUCAGUAUUCGAGGGGGGUCUUCGCCAUCUUCGGCCUUUACGACAAGCGCUCGGUGAACACGCUGACGUCAUUCUGUGGGGCCCUGCACAUCAGCCUAGUGACGCCCAGCUUCCCCACCGAAGGGGAAGGACAGUUCACCCUGCAGCUCCGGCCGUCCAUCAGAGGGGCUCUGCUGUCACUGUUGGACCACUACGACUGGAGCCGAUUUGUCUUCCUCUACGACACAGACAGAGGUUAUGCAAUACUGCAGGCAAUUAUGGAGAGAGCGGGGCAGAACGGAUGGCAGGUGAGCGCUAUCUGUGUGGAGAGCUUCAAUGAGGCAGCGUACCGCCGACUCUUAGAGGACCUGGACCGACGUCAGGAGAGGAAAUAUGUCAUUGACCUGGAGCCUGAGAGACUACAGAGCAUCCUGGAACAGGCUGUCAGCGUGGGAAAACAUGUCAAAGGCUACCAUUACAUCAUAGCAAAUCUGGGCUUUAAGGACAUAUCUCUGGAGAGGUUCAUGCAUGGCGGAGCCAAUGUGACUGGUUUCCAGCUGGUGGACUUCAGCAGGCCUAUCGUUAUUAAACUGAUGCAGCGCUGGAACAAACUGGAUCAGAGAGAAUACCCCGGAUCUGAAAGCCCACCGAAGUAUACCUCAUCUCUAACGUAUGAUGGCGUCCUCGUAAUGGCCGAGGCCUUCCGCACCCUUCGCCGUCAGAAAAUUGACAUCAGUCGUCGUGGCAAUGCUGGAGACUGCCUGGCCAAUCCAGCUGCUCCCUGGAACCAGGGAAUAGAUAUGGAGCGUGCGCUUAAACAGGUGCGCAUUCAGGGCCUGACUGGCAACAUCCAGUUUGAUCACUACGGUCGACGGGUCAACUAUACCAUGGACGUGUUUGAACUGAAGAGCAACGGACCACGCAAGAUUGGUUACUGGAACGACAUAGACAAGCUUGUGUUGGUCCAGAAUGAAAACGCCCUGUCCAACGACAGCUCGGCGAUGGAGAACCGAACAGUGGUCGUGACGACCAUCAUGGAGGGUCCCUACGUGAUGCUGAAGAAGAACUGGGAACUCUAUGAAGGCAACGACCAGUUUGAGGGAUACUGCGUGGACUUGGCCUCGGAGAUCGCCAAACACAUCGGAAUCAAAUACAAAAUCUCCAUCGUACCGGAUGGGAAGUACGGAGCCAGAGAUCCAGAGACGAAGAUAUGGAACGGCAUGGUUGGAGAGCUUGUAUAUGGGAAAGCAGAAAUUGCUGUCGCCCCGCUGACCAUCACUCUAGUGAGAGAAGAGGUGAUCGACUUCUCGAAGCCUUUCAUGUCUCUGGGAAUCUCCAUAAUGAUCAAGAAGCCCCAGAAGUCUAAACCAGGUGUUUUCUCUUUCCUGGACCCGCUGGCCUACGAGAUCUGGAUGUGUAUAGUGUUCGCUUACAUUGGAGUCAGUGUUGUGCUGUUUUUGGUGAGUCGCUUCAGUCCGUACGAGUGGCAUGCAGAGGAACCAGAGGAGGGCACGACAGAGCUGGGCCCCACUGACCAACCUCCCAAUGAGUUCGGCAUCUUUAACUCCCUCUGGUUCUCCCUGGGAGCCUUCAUGCAACAGGGCUGCGACAUCUCACCACGGUCCCUGUCUGGACGUAUUGUUGGAGGUGUGUGGUGGUUCUUCACCCUUAUCAUCAUCUCCUCUUACACAGCCAACCUGGCUGCUUUCCUCACUGUGGAGAGGAUGGUCUCGCCCAUAGAGAGUGCAGAGGACUUGGCCAAACAGACAGAGAUAGCCUAUGGGACACUGGACUCCGGCUCUACUAAGGAGUUCUUCAGGAGGUCCAAAAUAGCCGUAUACGAGAAGAUGUGGUCAUAUAUGAAGUCCGCCGAGCCAACUGUCUUCACCAAAACCACAGCAGAGGGCGUGGCAAGAGUCCGCAAGUCCAAGGGGAAGUAUGCCUUCCUCCUGGAGUCCACCAUGAACGAAUACACGGAGCAGCGCAAGCCUUGUGACACCAUGAAAGUCGGGGGGAACCUGGACUCCAAAGGAUAUGGGAUUGCCACACCGAAAGGCUCACAGUUAAGAAACGCGGUCAACCUGGCCGUGCUAAAGCUCAACGAGCAGGGCCUGUUGGACAAAUUGAAAAACAAGUGGUGGUAUGACAAAGGAGAAUGUGGCAGCGGGGGAGGGGAUUCCAAGGACAAGUCGUCCCAGGCUCUGAGCCUGUCCAACGUGGCGGGGGUCUUCUACAUCCUUGUGGGCGGCCUGGGCCUGGCCAUGCUGGUGGCCCUGGUCGAGUUCUGCUACAAGUCACGGGCGGAAGCCAAGCGCAUGAAGCUGUCUUUUUCUGAAGCCAUGCGGAACAAGGCCCGUCUGUCCAUCACAGGAAGUGUGGGGGAGAAUGGCCGCGUCCUGACGCCAGACUGCCCCAAAGCCGUGCAUGCUGGCCACGCCUCUCUCCGACACCCCGGCCUUGCAGUGGUCUCCUCCGGACUGCCCUGAAAACCAAAAACACCUGCCGUGCCUUAACGACACACAAACGUACAGACUUCGACAAGGACACAUACACACACACAUCACACACACACGUGCACACGCAAUCACACACUUACCACUUUCAGGCAUAACACACACACGUACACAAAUAUGCAUAUAAUUACAGAUACUCAAAUACAAAUACUCAUUUUUACACACUUGAAUACACAAACACACAGUGCGCAUCAUCAUCUCACUUUCCUGCUGCCAUUGACUUAUUUUACAAGAGAUAAGUGAAAUACAACUGUGGAGCGAACAGUGGAGAAAAAAACAAAAACAGAGGACAACUAUGACUAUCACACUUGCCUGCAGCAUUCAUUUUAUUGUUUUUCGGGAGGAUACCAUCCUGCUAUCGACGAACCAACCGGAAAGCCAGCACAGACUUACCAUGAAAUGAACUAUGAGCUGUGAACAUGACCGCAAAACUGAUCAUGAUGAUGAUAGUGAUAAAGAUGAUGAUCGCAGCUGACGGUACAAAAAAGAAAAAAAAAGACAACCAAACAACUCUGUUCCUGCUCAGUCUUCACUGGACAGUGUUGGCCAACGAGCCGCACCCCUUGACAACGCCUUACUAAGACUACAAACAUUGUUUUCAUCAUCAUCAUCAUCAUGGUCAUCGCCAUCUUAACUUGCCUGCAAAGACUGAGUGCCAGGUAUUUAUCACCCUUAGAAGACCAGAAAACUGUAAGCUUGAACGUUCGGACUGUGCAAACCUGCUACUUUGCCAUGGACUGUUCAAACUGAAUGAAAAAUGCUUUCUUACUACGCAUACAGAAUGAUUUCUCGCCCCCAAAACCAACGAGAUAAUCAGCCAAUAUAGAACAGAAGUAACCUCGAAACACACGUGUGGCUGAUCUCGGCCGCAGAAUUCACAGGGGUUUGUAAAGAAAAAAUAAACAGUAGUAAUUAACAAAGUCCUUCAUCAACAGCAUCAUCAUGACAGUAGAAAUGCUCAAUAGCAAACUGAUGAUUACUUUUUGCCGAGUGGCAAAGGCGAGGUUUAAACUGUAUAUUCAGUGAUGGAAAGAAAAAAUAAAACACAUGGACAGAUCUCAAAUGGCUCCCUAACAAAAGUGCUUCUCAACCUAAAUGCUCUGACCUAAAGAAAAAUGAAUGAUGGAGGAAAUAAAUCUGGUGUUUAAAACAUUUGGGAUAAAACUUUUUAAUCAUGAUAAUUAAUUCUGCCUCUGUGUCCUCUUGAAUAAUAAAUACUAUUUGAAUAAUAAAUCCAAAUAGCCAGGCGAUGGAAAAAGCAAAUCAAAAUUCAUCAUUUUUUCCAUGUUUCCCAACAGCGGGGUGACUAGAGUUGUAAAAAUCAUUUGUUUCAAGGGCCGUAAUAAGGUUGAGAAGCACAGGUCUGUGCCGUGUGCGCUUCAUUUGACCUGAACUAUAGGUAUAAUUUUCAAUUUCUCGGAAAGUAACGACUCCAGUGGGCAGUUUGGUUGUCAUUUGAGAUCCUCAGUUUUUUUCCAGUGGCCGGGGAAAGGUACCAUAUCAGAGAGCUUGCUUUUUAAAACUGUUGUAAAUAACUGCGUAGCAAAACAGAACUCACCUGUCUUUUUUAAUCAUCUUAGAUAACAAUUCAUUGCAAUAAUGAAUAUAAAAGAAAAUGCCACUACUUGUAAUUAAGAUCAAAUCUUUUUUAUAAAUCUACAUAUUAUAUAUAAUUAUAUAUAAUACAAAUAAAUAUAUAUAUAUAUAUAUAUAUAUACGUCUAUAGAGAGCUAUAGAAAACAUUGAUCACAGAUUGUCAGAGGCCAUGGCAUACAUUCUGUUAUAUGGCUGUUUUUUGAUAACUUGAGAAUAUUAAUAUGCCACAGUCUUUGUGUGUCCUGCUCAACACUGAAUGUCCAUCUGGCACUCACACGGACACACACAUAGAACGCACGCACACACAUUGUUGCAUACACAGGGUCAGCUCAGAGUGAUCACUCCAGCACCGUGAGAGGUUCGGAUCAUUUUAUUUUGUCAGUCUGUCUGUUUCACCAGUUACAGUUAGUCACUGUUUUUCAUUGUCUCACUGAUUUUAUUUUUUAUCCCUCUGUUCGUGGGCAGCAAAUGCCCCUGAAAGAGCAUGUAGAUGCCAGUAUUCAACGCUGGAGCCGAUACAAUGAGAACACAUUUAGGCAAGCCUCGAGAGAGGAUGGGCCACUGUGGUUACUGUACAGGGAAACAAUGCUGUCUGACAUUUGGAGAGUGUAGCAUUUGUGUUGCAUUUCAUACCGCCUCAGUGCUUUUUGUUAUUUGUCUUCGCACACAGAUGUGAGUCAGCUACAGAUUGAAAUCCAACACGAGCUCAAACUGAGCAGGGUUUGCACUUUUUAGAUCCAUCAUGCUCGGCAAGAGCAAUCAAUCCUACGAGAUGUUUGGAAUCUGUUAUGUACCGGAUGGCGGCCUGUUUUUGCGUAUUCCACUCACUGCCAGCCUUGGGGAGAGGAAAAUAUACAUCACGUUAAUAUCCGAGGAACAAUUAGGAAAAGACAGGAAUAUAUUUUUAUGGAUUUACAUCGGUGGAAUUUUUCUUUUUGUCAAAUUACAAUUAAGCAUGGAGGUGAUGCUUAUACAGAGAUUGUGGCAUACUACUUACGGGAAUGAAAUAUUGUGUUUUCCCCCCCACUAACCUCUCCUCUCCUUCCUUCUCCGUCCUCUCCGUUUUUUUCUUUAAUUGUACUGUUUGUCCUGUGCCCUACCUUCCAUCUCUCAAAUCGUCGUCGAUCCUUCUCUUGUUUUGUCUUCCCCUUCCCCCCUUUCUGCUUUCAUCUCCCCUCCUGUCCCACCGUAAGACAGAACUCUCUCUACAAAGUGCACCUCAGCAAUGACAAAUGACUUUAUUUUCUGCCCUGACACACUGCAAUAUAAUGGGAUAGAGACAAAUAGAGAACUCCAGACAGCUGACAAUCUGAGUUUGUUCUGGCUCUUUUUCUGAGCGUUGCACACUCCAAUUGUACGUCGCAACCUCUAACAUCUCACAGAAGAAGACUUCCACUUCUUUCUUAAACUCACACACGGACCUCAUCAUGCAUCACUCCUGAAUCAAAUGCAUCCAAGUGAAACUCAACAGACAAAAGCAUAAAUAGAAAAUAAUAUCCUAAAACAACAAGUAUCUCAAACAGCAAGCCUUUUUAUGGCCCUGUAAACGAACAAGAUAGACAGUUUCCAAACGCCUCCUCUCAGCCCGGGGGAUCAGUGCAGCAGCACUGCAGCAGCCCAGCAUUAGAGAAAUAAUGGAAAUAGUGGGUUCUAAAGUGGAUACAUUUGUGAAGAGACAGUUAACACUGAUCUAGCUAUCACCGCACCAGGCAGUUAAACUGUACAUGAUACCGUUGUGUUUAUUUCUUUGCCACCUCCAGCACAUAAGAUUUCAUGCGUAGACAGCAGAAAGCAGACUGCUGGGCUGUCGACACUCUGGCUUUAACACUGUUUCUUUCUUCCUUUGUUUCUUGUCUUUCCAUUUGGUUUCUUUUUCUAGUAAAACA